AUGACAUCCAUCCUUAGUAACUUGUGUUGUGGUUGUAUAUGUGGAUCAUACGAUGAUGACGACGAUUCCUUCCACGCAAAUGGAAAUGUGCAACAUAUUCUCACGCUUGAAGCUUGGGAGGAGACGUUGAACCUAAAAGGCAAGAUUAUUAUAGCAUGUUUUAAGGCGUCAUGGUGUGGACCUUGUAGGGUAAUUGCACCCUUCUAUGGUGACUUGUCUCGAAAAUAUGCUUCUUCCUUGUUCGUUAGCAUUGAUGUCGACGAUGUACCUGAUCUAAGUGAUGCAUUCAAUAUUCAAGCCACACCAGUUUUUUUCUUUUUUAUGGAUAGACAGGAGCUUGAUAUGAUGGUUGGUUCAAAUAAAGCAGACUUACAAAAGAAGGAACAGGUGGAGUUUCUUACUCAGAAGCCAGAACAGUAUAAUGGUGGCAUAUCUGGAUCGUUGGUUCCUACCCGUGAUCUUCGACAAGGUGAUCCUACAUCCCCCUAUUUAUUCUUAAUUUGUGCUGAUGCUUUCUCUACUUUGCUAGCAAUAGCGGCAAAUGAGAAUUUUAUUCAUAGUGCUCGAAUUUCUAGGGGGCCCCUUAGAAUUUCCCAUUUAUUUUUUGCAGAUGAUAGUAUUCUUUUUGCAAAAGCUACAUUGAAUGAAUGCUCUAAAAUUGCUGACAUUAUUAGUGUGUAUGAAAAAGCAUCCGGUCAGAGUGUCAAUCUCAGUAAAACUGAGGUAGCUUUUAGCAAAUGUGUGUCUGCAAAUCGACGAAGGGAAAUCACUGCCACUCUUGGGGUUAGGGAGGUGGAUAGGCAUGAAAAAUACCUUGGCUUGCCCACGAUAAUUGAAAGGUCAAAGAAGGCGAUUUUUGCUAGUUUGAAAGAGAGGAUUUGGAAGAAAUAA